UCAGUUUAUGAUUAUUUCGCGAUCCAUGGAGUUGAUUUUAUAUGAGAGUGCUUUGAAUAUAGUGUCGUGAGGUUUUCUUCAGAAUAGUGACACGAGCGAUUUUUCCCAUCUUGAAAAAGUGUGCUAUAUAAAUUUAAUUUUUGCUGAUAAAUGGGAAAAUAUUGUGUGUUCACGCCGAAAGAGAGUGUGGAUACUUACGGAAUUCAUUGGUGGGAAAUAAGAGGAAGGAUAAUUGAUUUGGCGUUAGACGAACGAAAACUGGCAAGACAAGAGGAUGGCAGAUUCGUUAAUGGAAAUGGGUUCAGUGGAUAAAUCAAUGAAUCGCUUUCAAGUAAAGCGGGUGAGUCAUGGAGAAAACUACCGAAGAUCAGCACAGCAACAUCAAAGGCAAGAGCAGGAGGAUGAGGAUGACAUCUUUCCCGAAGAAACAGCCGCAAUGAUCGCUCGACGUCAAUCCAGACUAUCAUCAAUAAAGAGUAGCUUUCGAGAUAUAGACAAACCAUCGAGAUUCAAAGAUCUGCAAACGACGAGAUUUCAGAUGGACUCCGAGCAAAAUGAAACGGAUGAGGAACAAAAUGAUCUGCUCGAUGGCAGUGACUAUGACACGAAAAUCUACAAGAGCUUCAGACAUUUUACCAGGGAAGCACUACCUCGGUUGGACAAUUACCGAAAUAUCCUCAGUAUUACACAUUCCAAUCGGCCAACAUUGGACGAGUUGCACAAUGCAACAAUUUCCAAUAAGACACAUGGAACAUUACAAAACCGACCAAACUCCUCAACAAGUGAAGGAGGGAUGAAAUUUGGAUGGAAGCAAGGGGUCCUUAUGAGAUGUCUUCUGAACAUUUGGGGAGUAAUGCUAUUCCUCAGAUUGAGCUGGGUGAUUGGCCAGGCUGGUGUGGGUCAGGGAAUUGUUCUGAUUCUCACCACAUCAGUCGUAACUACGAUUACGGCCUUGUCAAUGUCAGCCAUUAGCACUAAUGGCGUGAUAAAAGGAGGUGGAACGUACUACAUGAUCUCACGAUCCCUAGGCCCAGAGUUCGGUGGCUCGAUCGGGAUGAUAUUUUCCCUAGCGAACGCAGUAGCAUGUGCAAUGUACGUGGUGGGCUUUUGCGAAUCGUUGCAAGAUUUACUGAGGUCCUUUGGUAUGGCAAUCAUUGACGAUGGAGUACAUGAUGUGAGGAUUAUUGGCAGCAUCACCAUUAUAAUUCUCCUGGCAAUUGUAGUGAUUGGGAUGGAAUGGGAAGCUAAAGCGCAAGUUGGUCUGCUAUUUAUUCUUCUCGUAGCCAUUGCUGACUUCUUAAUUGGAACAUUUAUCGGGCCGAAGAGUGAUCUAGAGAUAGCUAAGGGUUUUGUUGGCUAUAACUCUACGGUGUUCAUGGAUAACUUGGGCCCAGAUUAUCGUAUGGACAAUGGUAUACCACACAAUUUCUUCUCAGUCUUCUCUGUCUUCUUCCCUGCCGCAACGGGAAUCUUGGCUGGAGCCAAUAUUUCAGGAGAUCUUAGGGAUCCACAAAAAGCCAUUCCUAAAGGGACCCUCCUUGCAAUCGCAAUCACAACAGCCUCCUACGUAAUUAUGGCCUUGUGUGCUGGUGCCACGGUCCUCAGGGAUGCCACGGGAAACAUCACCGAUGUAGUUAAUGGUACACUUGAGUUCGUUAACUGCACGGAACCCUGCAAAUACGGCUUGCUCAAUUCCUAUCAGGCUAUAGAGCUUGUCUCAGCAUUUGGACCACUCAUCUAUGCUGGAUGCUUUGCAGCUACCCUAUCAUCAGCUCUAGCCAGUCUCGUUUCAGCGCCAAAAGUCUUCCAAGCACUGUGCAAAGAUGAACUUUUCCCCAAAAUUAAAUGGUUUGCUAGAGGAUAUGGAAAGAAUGACGAACCCGUUAGAGGAUACAUCCUCACAUUCUUUCUAGCUGUGGCUUUUAUCUUGGUUGGUGAGCUCAAUUUGAUUGCACCGCUCAUCUCUAAUUUCUUCCUAGCAGCCUAUACUCUCAUCAACUUCAGUACGUUCCAUGCAAGUUUUGCAAAAUCUAUUGGAUGGCGACCCACAUUUAAAUACUACAACAUGUGGCUAAGCUUACUAGGAACAAUUCUCUGUGUAUCAGUAAUGUUUCUGAUAUCAUGGGCUACAGCUCUACUGACUUUUGCAUGCGUCAUAGCUUUGUACUUGAUAGUUCACUAUCGAAAACCAGACGUAAACUGGGGCUCUUCGACUCAAGCGCAAACUUACAAGAAUGCCCUAAUGUCGGUCCAGCAGCUGAACAAUGUAGAGGAACAUGUUAAAAACUACCGUCCCCAGAUCCUAGUUCUUUCAGGUUUACCCAGUGUCCGAUCAAUUCUUGUGGAUUUCGCCUAUUUGAUUACCAAAAAUGUUUCUCUAUUGGUUUGCGGGCAUGUCAUCCAGAGCGUAAGUAAUCAAAAGCACAGACUUUAUAUGCAACAGAAGACCAAGGAGUGGUUCGAUGAUCACAAGAUGAAGGCUUUCUAUGCUUACGUGGAUGAUGAUGAUUUUGAAUCUGGAUGCAAGGCCUUGAUGCAGGCAUCUGGCAUUGGAAAACUAAAGCCUAAUGUCGUGAUGAUGGGAUACAAAAACGAUUGGAAAGCUGCUGAAUCAAAUGCCUUAAAGCAGUAUUUCAACGUCGUUCAUAAGGCUUUUGACAUGUACUUUGCCGUCUGCAUCCUGAGAGUCAACAAUGGCCUAGAUUAUUCCAAAGUCCUGGGAGAUGAACUAACCAGGAGUAUUGUGAAUGUACCUAAAGGUCUUCAAGAAAGCGACAGUUCUACGGAUCUUCUAAUCACAGCCAAAAAGAGUGAGAUGCACGGAAGUUGCGACUCAUUGAGCAGAAAUGACUCUCAAGUUGAGGAAUCUAAAAAGAAUGCCCACAAUGCGAAUGAAUUAAAGAAAAACACUAAAAAUCAAUCCAGCAGUACGAGUGAUUUAUCUCUCAUGGGAAAUCCCAUUUUGGCCACAAAUACCGUCUCUAUUCUUCCUGAUCCGGGACAAACUAAAACCAAUAUGUCCUACAACAUUUCCCUCACCAAGAAGGGUGAGAAGAAGACCCUCGAUGACCCAUCAACGCUGUUUAAGGGACCAGGAGGGACUGAACUACCCAAGGAGAUUCUCGAUGAAUUGACAAUAUUUACAGGAAAGCGCAAAGAUGCGGUCAUUGACGUUUGGUGGCUCUAUGAUGACGGAGGAUUAACACUACUUUUGCCCUAUAUCAUGAGUACCAGACGCAAUUGGAACUCUUGUAAAUUGAGAGUAUUUGCCUUGGCUAAUAAAAAAGCAGAACUUGAAUUUGAACAGAGAUCCAUGGCGAGUCUGUUGGCAAAGUUUAGAAUUGACUACUCUGACCUGCGUCUUUUGCCAGACAUCACAAAGAAACCUCAGGAUGAGACAAUCAAGUUCUUCAAUGACCUUUUGGAGGAAUAUCGAAAGGGUCAAUCUAAGGAUGGCACUGAUGGAAGCAAUCUCAUAACCGAAAGCGAACUCCUAGCGGUGAAGGACAAGACGAAUCGCUACCUUCGCCUUAGGGAGUAUCUUCAUGAGUACUCAAUGAAGUCUGAUCUGGUAGUGAUGACACUCCCAAUGCCUCGUAAAAGCAUCGUCUCAGCACCACUCUACAUGGCUUGGCUAGAAAGUAUGAGCCACAAAAUGCCACCAUUCCUUUUCGUUCGCGGAAAUCAAUCCAGUGUCCUAACAUUCUACUCCUAAUGCUGUUGUGGUUAUCUUUUAUUUGACAAUUGAUAUUUAAAAAAAACAGCUAUUUAUUUAUUAAAAUUGAUUCAGUUCAAAUAGUCCAUAGACUAACACUCCGUGAAAGAGUUUAAUUUUAUUUUAGAUUUUAGAAAAUGAAACAAUGUCAAUUUUCUAACUUACAGAGGUGUAAUAAACUUUUGAACAUUUUAA